AUCAGGGCACUGAUGAUCAGUGUGCCCUGAUGAUCAGUGUAGCCCCAGCAGUUCCACCUGUCAGUGUCCAUCAGUGCCAGCUGUCAGUGCUCAUUAAUGCCAUCUGCCAGUGCCCAUCAGUGCCACAUCACAGUGCACAUCAAUGCCACGUAUCAGUGACCAUCUGAGCUGCCUUUCAGUCCCACCUAUCAGUGCCAGUCAGUGCCACCUAUCAGUGCCAGUCAGUGCUGCCUAUCAGUGCCACCUAACAGUGCUGG